UUACACAUAAAAUAGUCUGAAAGCAUGAUACAAACACUACUGUAUAUACUGUACAUUAUACAGUACACUGCCAUGUGAGGUUGUAUUCUCAUGGCAUCUCUGCCAAUGACUGGAAAUGAUAGAAACAGUCUGCCAGAUUGUUUCCGGACUGAGUAAAUGCCAAUAAGUGAAUAUGUAAUAGACAGAGAGAGCCCAGUGUAAAUGUCACAUUACAGAUGUACUCUACAGACUGUGUGGACCUGAUGGACAGGACAGGGGAGCUGGUGAACCUGAGUGACAAGGAGCAGAGCAUGGAGCAGGCCAGCAGUCUGAUGAAGGAGAGGCACAGCUAUGUCCUCAUACGCAUCUGCAGAGGUGACGGGACUGAAGGGCAGAAGUAUGUGCCACUCCUAAAUGACCUUGGCAAGAGCCAUCCUGAGUUAGCAGAGGUCCUGAAGAAGCUGUCCAACCCCUGUAAGGAGCGGGACAGAAAGGGUGGUCCCUCAAGGAAAGGCUCUGUCAACCAGACCCGGCGCAAGCCCACUGCUGGAAACAAGAAGAGCCAUCCUGGAAAACUUUGACUUUUAAGAAAGGAGAGGAGGGGGGCCUCCUGAGUG